AAAAAAUGAAAUUCGCUACCUUUUUAACUGCUGCUGCUGCUUUAUUAUCCUAUUCCAAUGCUUUCACCUUAAUCGUCAAAGAUGACGGGUCAGAAUACGAUGGAUUACACUUAAGUAGCUACCCGGAUGGUACUAACUACGGUCCUGUGUUCUUGUCCGACAACAAUCCAACUGACUUCACUUAUGAAGGAACACUUAACGUGACGGAUGAUGAAUCUGCUGCUCUUGGAGUCUACCAAAAUCAAGUUGAAAUUGGAGCCCGUGCAGACACAAAAGUUUCACUUCACAAUCAUGUUUUCACUUACAAUGGCACCUCCGAUUGCUUCAGAGCUUGUACCGAAGUUACUGCCUACCAACCUGGACCAUUUAUUCUUUUCUCAAAAGACGAAGAAUAUUUUGCAGGCAAGGGAUGUACUCCAAUCAGACUCGAGGCUGCUUGGUAAAUUUUUUUU